AGAGAAGCAGGAGAGCACAACGCCACGCAUCAAGGAGAUGGCCAUGGCGAGGCGGAGGCUUCUCGCGCUCGCAUCCCAGCUCCAGAGGAGGGCUCCAGCGCCGCCGGCGACGCAACCGUGGCGGCACGCCACGCCCCGGUUCCUCUCCUCAGCGGCGUCCGGCCCCCUCGACCGCCUGAAGACGCCGCCUCUCGCGCGCCCAGCGGCCAGGAACCCCGCCUCCUCUCCAUGGGAUCGAUUCGGAGGAGGGCAGAAGAGGACCAUGUUCAUCCAGACACAAUCCACCCCAAACCCACAGUCGCUCAUGUUCUAUCCCGGAAAGCCAGUUAUGGAGGUCGGGAGCUCUGAUUUCCCAAAUGCUCGGACCGCGAUGACAUCCCCGUUGGCUAAGGCACUGUUUGCGAUCGAUGGUGUAACCAGGGUAUUCUUUGGAUCUGAUUUUGUAACUGUUACAAAAUCAGAAGAAACUUCUUGGGAUUACCUUAAACCUGAGGUUUUUGCUGCGAUAAUGGAUUUUUACUCAUCUGGGCAACCACUUUUUCUAGACUCAAAUUCUGCAGCUGCUAUGGACACAGCAAUUCAUGAGGAUGAUUCAGAAAUAGUUGCCAUGAUAAAGGAAUUGUUGGAGACUCGCAUUCGGCCAGCUGUUCAAGAUGAUGGUGGUGACAUUGAAUACCGAGGAUUUGAUCCAGAAACAGGAAUAGUUAAGCUUAAAAUGCAAGGUGCCUGCAGUGGCUGUCCGAGUUCAUCGGUCACAUUGAAGUCUGGGAUAGAAAACAUGCUUAUGCACUAUGUACCUGAGGUGAAAGGAGUAGAGCAGGAGCUUGAUGGUGAUGAGGAAGCUGAGCUAGCUGGAGCUGGACAGAUGGAGUGAGUUUUUGCAGAUUUUGCAAGGGUCAGCACAUCCUCUUCAAAUCUUAGUGAACUCUGCGUGUAUGUUUGGGGAGUUUCAACAUCCCAAAAGGUUAUCCAUAUGUUUAUUUUUCGAGAAAGACUUUUGCGAUGAUUAGCUGUCCAUAGCAGUCAUGAUGUAUGCAGGAGGCAGACUACCAUAGAUAGCGGAGAGGCAGCAGUUGUCUGAACCAACAUCAGUUGCACUAGGAUCCAAAUAAAAUUACACUGUGAAUUGCUUUUAUUUUGCCGAAUUGCUGUAUAUAUGCUGAGCUUGUCAAAUCAAUUACGAAGGUAUCGAAUUUAGCGUGACAAA